UUUUCUAUUUCUUAGGCUAAUACAUCGCCACCCAUAAACUGGGGUCCUGUCUCACAUGUGUGCGUCAGAGGAUGAAACAGAACACGAGUGCAGUACCAUUCGCGUUUCAACCACCCUGUUAGUAAAAUACAUUUAGCUACACCAGAACGUUGCUUCGCAGGUUCAUAUUUAGAGUGGUGUGUGUUUCCAAAAUGGGGAAGAGAAGUCGACUGAGAAAGAAGGAGCAUCAAAAUAAUAGCAAGCCUGGUGGAAGGGAUAACCGGGACAAUGCUGGUUGGGGUGCAGGCUACGCUGACAUCAUCAAGGAGAACAAGCUGUUUGAGGCAUACUACCGGGAGCUGGGCCUGGUGCCUGAGGGGGAGUUUGACCAGUUCAUGGAGGCUAUGAGAGAACCGCUGCCCGCCACCAUCCGCAUCACUGGAUACAAGAGCCAUGCCAAGGAGAUCCUCCACUGUCUGAAGAACAAGUACUUCAAGGAGAUCCAGGAGGUAGAGAUCGACGGGCAGAAGAUAGAGGCUCCUCAGCCUCUGAGCUGGUACCCAGAUGAGCUAGCGUGGCACACUAACAUGAGCAGGAAGAUCCUGAGGAAGUCUCCUCUCCUGGAGAAGUUCCAUCAGUUCCUGGUCAGCGAGACCGAGUCGGGUAACAUCAGCAGACAGGAGGCUGUUAGUAUGAUCCCUCCUCUGCUGAUGAAGAUUGAGCCCCACCACAAGAUUCUGGACUUGUGUGCUGCUCCUGGAUCUAAGACGGCCCAGUUGAUUGAGAUGCUCCAUUCUGAUAUGGACGUACCCUUCCCAGAGGGCUUUGUGAUAGCCAACGACGUGGACAACAAGCGUUGUUACCUGCUGGUGCACCAGGCUAAGAGACUGAACAGCCCCUGUAUCAUGGUGGUGAACCACGAUGCUUCCUGCAUCCCCAGACUACAGAUAGACACGGAGAACGGACAGAAGGGCACACUGUUCUACGACCGCGUCCUCUGCGACGUCCCCUGCAGUGGAGAUGGCACCAUGAGGAAGAACAUUGACGUGUGGAAGAAAUGGACCACCAGUAACAGCCUGCAUCUCCAUGGACUCCAGAUCCGUAUAGCAGUGCGUGGUGUGGAGCAGCUAGCUGUAGGAGGGAGGAUGGUCUACUCUACCUGUUCACUCAACCCUAUAGAGGACGAAGCUGUCAUAGCAACGCUACUGGAGAAGAGUGAAGGCGCGUUAGAAUUAGCAGAUGCGUCAGUUGAUCUCCCAGGGUUAAAAUGGAUGCCAGGAGUCACCAAAUGGAAGUUGAUGACUAAGGAGGGUCAGUGGUAUAAGGACUGGUCCGAGGUGCCAGCCAACCGACACACACAGAUCAGACCCACCAUGUUCCCUCCCACCGACACAGAGAAACUGGCCAAUAUGAAGUUGGAGAGAUGUAUGAGGAUCCUGCCCCAUCACCAGAACACGGGAGGCUUCUUUGUAGCUGUCCUGGUCAAGAAAGCCCCCAUGCCCUGGAACAGAACAUUCCCCAAGUUGAAGAAGGAGCAGUCAUCCAGCUCCGUGCCCCAGCCAGAGGACUCUCCAGUGGGCACCCCUCUUCCUGAGACGCCCUUGGAGGAUGGAGAGAGAGAUGGAGGGAAGGAGGCAGGAGAGGACUCGCCCAAAGAGCCAGAGGCAGGCGAUCAGAUCAAGGAACCCAACGUGUGUGGGCCUCCUCCCAAUAAAAAGAUGAAGAGGCAUGGUUUUAAAGAAGACCCCUUUGUCUUCCUCACUGAAGAUGACCCUGUCUUCCCACCGAUAGAGUCCUUCUAUGACCUGUCUCCAGACUUCCCCAAGAUAAACGUUCUGACCAGAACCCACGAGGGGAAGAAGAGACAUCUGUACAUGGUCUCCAAGGAGCUACGCAACGUCAUGCUCAACAACAGUGAGCGAAUGAAGGUGAUCAACACAGGGGUGAAGGUGUGGUCUCGCAACAGUGACGGGGAGGAGUUUGGCUGUGCCUUCAGACUCGCCCAGGAAGGUAUAUAUACUCUGUUUCCCUACAUCCGCUCCAGGAUGAUCACAGUGAGUGUUGAGGACAUCAAGAUUCUACUGACUCAGGAGAACCCGUACCUCAGCAAACUGGAGGAAGAUGCUCACCAACAGGCCAAGAAGAUAGGAAUGGGCAGCAUUGUGUUAAAGUACCAGCCUGACAAUAGUAACCCUGAUGGUCCUCAGUGUCCUAUAGAGCUGUGUGGCUGGAGAGGCAAGACCUCCAUCAGAGCCUUCGUGCCCCGCAACGAGAGGUUCCACUACCUCCGCAUGCUGGGGGUCGAGGUAUUCAGAGACAAACAGGGGCAGGGACCCAGGGAGGAAGAGGAGGUGAAGGACGAGGUGAAAGAGGGAGAGGGGGAGACAGAGAAUGGAAAUAAAGAUGUCAGCACAAAACAGGAGUUGAGAGGUGAAAAUCAAGGUGACGAGCACCUGAAAGGAGAUGAGAGGGAGGGAGGAGGGGAGAUUUUGACCAGCACCUGAGAGGAGAUGAGAGGGAAGGAGGAGGGGAGAUUUUGACCAGCACCUGAGAGGAGAUGAGAGGGAGGGGAGAUUUUGACCAGCACCUGUGGAGUAGAAAGAAAUGUGUAUCUCAAUAGUCUUAACAAGUUUUCCUCUCUCUGGCUGCACUGAUGUUGGUCAUCCACCAUAAUUUUGUCACCCAUGUUUUUGCAGAUGGAGGAGAGGAGUUGAGAAGCCACUUUAGACUAGUAAGAUACACGGAGGAGGGAGGAAGAGGUGCUGUAUGAGGUUGAGCAAUGCUGGCCAGACUAGAGCUAGACCAAACGUGAGAGAGAAGGGGUGUUGGGUAGCUCAGUAGUACUUCGAAACCACUGCCAUAGCAGAAUGGCCAUCCCUCCCAGACAGGGCAUGUGGACUCUUCCAUGCUCCCCCUGACUUGGUGUGCUUCAAUGCUUUAGUGACUUUUAUUUUCUAUUGUCGGUUUUAUUUGAUCAAAACUCAACUCCACUGGCAAAACAUGGAGAGAGUGUUGUUUUUUGUUGUUGUAUUGUGCAUGUUUGAAGGUUUCUCUUAAUGGCCAUUUCAUUUUUUUAUCAUUGUAAGUAAGAAGAAAGGUGGAAUUGAUUAAAAGUAUUAAAUUCA